AUUAUUAAACAAAGCAAAUGAAAAAUUGGCACCAAGGUCCAUGCUCAUAGCCAAAUUUCAAUUGCUUUGGUUUGGUUUUGUGAUAUUUUUUAUAUAACACACCUAGUGUGGAUGGAAUUACUUUUUUACAACGGAUAAAAAUAAUUGCGUUUUAAAAGAUAUCCAGCACCGUGUGGAAGGGACUGAAGAUUUUGCGUUUAAUCCUGCAUUAAACCUCCGGGGAAGGGGGCUUACUUUUCCAACAUCAAUCGGGUGCUAGAUGGAGAAGGGCCCAUUCCAAAUAUAUGCUACUUAGAAUCCAUGCCAACCGGUCUAAGGUAUUCAGGGGGUUUAUUUUUUUUAAAUCGCCUUUGAAGGAGGCAUAUACUAUACUUGAGGGAACUAUGUUCCAGGGGACUUUAAUCAGAAUAGUGUUAAUGUAAUGCUUGCUGCUGAAGUUAAAUGGUUAGGAAACGAGUACCAUAGGCUAAACGCGUCUGUGAAAAUCACCUUUUAAUUUAGUCUGACAUUACAAAAACUAAGUUCACCAUAGAUAUGAUCAUAUUUCUCAAAAAGACCCUCAACUUGAGGCUUUUCCCUGCCAUCUCCUCUAAGGUAUUUCUGCAUCCAUUUUGAUAUUAAGUUUUGCACGCAAUCCAGUGUUAAAAACAAAAUGAUAGUUAGGCAGACAAGGGAAACCAGCAAAUGAUAGGGAAAAGAAGCAUCCACCCCAUUGUGCAUGGGGAGAUGAUAUGACCCUGCUCUGAUGUUAGGAAAUUGAGUGAUAGAAAAGAAAGUUUAACACAAGCAUCUUGGCUUGAUCCUCGAUGCAAAAUUCAACUUUCGAUGACACAUUAGGAAGGCAGUUUGAAAGGCAAAAAGAGGCAUUGGUAUGAAAAGAUGUCUCACCAAAUAUGUUUCUAGGAACGUUCUGAAGCAUAUUUAUAAACUUUGUGCGAAACAACAGAUCGAUACGGUGACAUUAUUUUUAACAAUAACGUUUAACUAGAAAUGACGUUGAAUAUCACUAAAUGGUUAGAACAGACCCAAUACCUGACAGUAUUGGCAGUAGCAGGUGCGUGAAGGACUGCAAGCAGUCAAAGGCUUUGUGAUGAACAAGGCUGGAAGAUUAUCUAUCAAAGAAGGUGCUACAGACGUUUAUAUCAUUUCUGAAACUUGAAACAAUCUGCACCUUAACAUAUUUAUUGCAAUUGAUUCCAUUGUGUGAACAGCGACAUACAUUCUCCGCUCUUUUGUGAACAAAGAUUAUGGAGAGCUCCUUUUCCUAACCAGCUUUUCUAACACACUUUCUGAGCUUUUGUAGCGGUUUGUACUUGAUAUUUAAUUUAGUAAUGUCCGGCAACAUGUAGUGUGACGUCCUGUAAAUUAGCUUCCAAAGAAGAACCCAAAGAAUGAUACAUUCUCUUCAAUGACAUCUUUAUUCUCAUAUAUUCAUUAAUCUUCAUGCAUCUUUAUUCAUCUUCAUUAUCAAUCUGCUUUAUCCAUUAAUGAGAUAGCUAGUGCAAUUUCGAUUACGUGAAAAUCAAACUCAAACUACUUCAGGCCCACAAAAAACUUGACAUCUAAUGAUCGUGACAUUGUUGGGGUAAAGAGGCUUACAAAAUGCGCUUAAAAUUUAGUUCAUAAUAUUGACAUCUAUUGAUGAAAACGAGCAUUUUCUCCUUCACUGUACUUUGUUUGCAGCUAGAGGAUCUCCUCUGGCAGCGGAGGAACUUGACGUAAUGUCUUCUCUCUCUGUGUAUGGUGCAGGUGAUUGUAUUGUGGUUUCAGUUUACUUUCAAUAUUUUAUCAAGAUUCAAAUCAAGUAAAUCAACAGAGAAAAAGGGCACCUGCAUGUUUUCGUCAUGUUGGUAUCAAUAGUUGAAGGCGAUGACAAAUCAAAAUGAAGUACUGCAAGUCAAAAAUGCUUUGGGCACAGAGAUCUGUGCUUAUACUGUACACACAUGUAGCCAUUGCAAUGAUGUCAAUUGUUGCUGGCCAGCCAAAUAAUAGCAGUGGACACUUGUCAGAGGUUAAGUGUAGUUCAAGAUAUGAUAUGGCAGCUGGUGUUGCGAAAGAUAUGUUUAACAAUGUUUCUUGCGAAGUGACAGUUCCUGAAUACUACCGAGUCUGCAAAAUGGCUUUGACAAUCUGGAACUAUGACUUGCUUCCGUACGUUUACACUUCGCAAAAUGGAACACUGGUUGGAAUUCUGCCAGCCAUACUCAAAAUUUUGGUGAAAAUCUGUUGCUUUGGUUGUACGCAGCUGAAUUACCAGAAGCCGUUCAAGACAAUGAAGGAGCUGACGUCAAACUUUUACAACAAAUCCUAUUACCAAAUUUUAAUGCCAGCCAUUGGAACCAAAGAUGCUGCUCUCUACCUUGGAAACCCGUAUGUGAAACUCAUGAACAACCCUGGUGUGGCCUACCUUCAAAUAGAUGAUUCUCAAGAGCUAAUGCUAAAAAGGCUCGUCAGUUCGCUUGGAGACACGUUGCCUUUGCUUGCAAUUAUUGUGCUGCUGACCAUCGAGGGUGGUGUCAUCAUUUGGCUUCUGGAUACAAGACAAAACGCAGAGGAAUUCCCUCGGUCAUUCAUAAAAGGUUCUCUUGAAGGCUGCUGGUGGGCUUACGUCUCCAUGACAACUGUCGGUUAUGGUGACAAGUCCCCGCGCUCGUUUGCUGGUAGAGUGUUUGGUGUGCUGUGGAUAACCUUGGGAAUUGUCAUUUCAGGGUUUUUCACAGCUUCUAUUACGUCGACUUUAACCUCGGCAACAAUUAGUGAGAAGACAAGCCUAAACGGCAAAAAUGUUGGAUAUUUGGAAAAGAUUACAUAUGGUUUUGAGCAGAACAUCAUCUACAGGGAUGGCGGAAAAGCAACUGGUUAUCAAAAAGUGUCUGACCUGAUAUCUUCAUUGAGGAGAAGAACAAUUGACGGUAUUCUUAUGGAUAGGCUGAUAUUGAGAUACCACUGGAAACAGUUUCAGGACUCUGGUAUCAAGCUGGCAGUAAAAAAAGACGUUGCAAGCACAGACAUCAGCUUUGGCAUGAUAUUUUCAGAUAAAAGUUUAGGUUACUGGGCGCGUUUUUUGAGUAACUUUCAGGCAGUAAAUGAUGAUACUCAGAGUCGUAUAAUGUUUGAUGCGAUAGAGAGCAUGGAAGAGAAGCUUCCAGACGAGCCUCCGGAAACAUUGGGUUUCGAAAAUGGAAUAUUUGGAUCAGCUGUGAUUUCCAAGAAUGUACUAAUAACACUGUUUGGCUGCUGCGCCGUAACGGUUUUGAUCGGCCUCGCAGCUACAGUUGUUUAUAAGCUAUACAGACAAAAGAAAAGAAAACAAGGAACAGUUCAAAACACUGAACUCGCAGUAUUUAAAAAUGGCCGAUUGGAAGAUAGAUUUGAAGACUUUUCAAAGACUGUCGAGAGAGCCGUUCUUAAAGAUUUAAGAGAACAAAUUGAGCAGCUACGAGAAGACAUACUUGAAAAACAAUUAGAUGUUACAUCCAGAAAAUAAAUUUUCCAAAGUGAACAAGUAAUAUUAUUGAGUCAGGGCUUUGCACAUUUGCUUGAUUGUCUGCACAUAAACAAUGUAGUUGGUAAAAAUAUGGCUUUGACGAAAUUAGAAUUAAAGUUUUCUAGGUGCAUAAUUUAUUUCUCAAACAUUCUUUUGAAUGAGACUAAUGAAUGUAAAAAUGGAUUCUAUACUAAUCAUGUUACUAUUUAUAGUAUAUAGUUACUUUUUA